GAAUCAGAGAAGAGCUCCAUCACACAGCCCAACCUUAUACCACCCGCCGCCGGUAAUCCCUACCUAAUCGGUAUCCAAUCAAGAUUCCGGCGGCGAUAUUAUCACAAAUCGAUACUACUAUUUCUGCUGCUGGUAAUCUUCAUCCUGACGAUCGCUAUCAUAGUAAUAGCAUGUUUGCUGCACUUUCCACCCGAGAUCUGUCACACCGCCAACUGUCUCCGGUCGGCAGCGGCUCUCAAACACAGCAUGGACCUGACGGUAGAUCCUUGCGAGGAUUUCUACGAGUAUGCGUGUGGCAACUGGGAGGAUGAGCAUCCGCGACCCGACUCAUACGCCAGUUUCGAUUGGUUCAGUGAGCGGCAGGCGAAGAUUUUGCGCAACAUUCGACACUACCUGCAGGCGAACAAUAGCGAGUUUGAUCCAAAACCGGUAGUACAGGCACGUGACAUGUACACGGCUUGCAUGAACCUCACUGCCAUGGAUCGGCUCGGUUAUGGGCCGGUUAUGAAAUACCUCAAGCAAUUUAAUUUGCCACCUUACCCAACGAUUCUAAACGUCACGGAUGCAACUGAACCGCCCGUGUUUAAGGGGUACGAUUUCGAUUGGGUGCGAUCAUUGGCGAAGAUCAAGCAAUUGCUGGGCAUGGAUAUUUUCAUUGGGUUCGAUGUGUAUCCCGAUCCAAGGCAUAGAGACUACAACCGAUUAGUGCUCGGGACGCCGGAGAGUGGUUCUGAUUUACCGUUCAAUACUGACAUCCUAAAGCACCUCCGGCAUGGGAGAACUCGCCGCAAGCUUAUGGUAAGUGCGGAUGAUGAGAGUGACGAAGCGACGAGUGAAGCAGACGAAGAUUCAGCAUCUGUAAGUGCGUACAAAAAGUUUAUGAUUGGUGUGAUGAAGCUGUUGGUAAAUCAUACCGAUCCGACAAUCAAGUUGGAAUCUUUCGAUGCACAAUUCGUGAAAGCCGCAACGAUAGUGGCUCAGUUUUCGGAUUCAAUCACUCAGUUCAAUCGUGAAGCAGAAAAUGCAUCCAAAAGCACCAACUUGGAGGAUCGACUCAAUCUGCAGGACAUCGUGUACUACACGGUAACGGAUCUGCAAAACAUCACCGAUACACACCUAUCGCCGAAAGAACCUUUCCCAAUCUGGGAGAAGCUCGUUACCAGCGUGUUCGAAGGCAUACCCGAAGCGCAGCUAAAUCUGCAAGAAGAAAUGAUCCUCACCAGCAAUGCUGACAUCCUCUACCUGAAGCUGCUGGUGGAGUAUCUGUCCGAAACACCACUGGCCCACAUCGAGCUAUACAUCUGGUGGACGGUGGUGGAGGAACUGAUCCUUCACACUACGAUGGAGGUACGCAAACUGUACUACGACUACUACAAAUCCAUCACACCGUCGGACGGAUUUAGCUCCCGGACGCUCUACUGCACCGGUACCGUAAACCGUCUGCUUGGCAUGGCCGUUAGUUACGCCAUCUCGAGCGACAACUUUACUCAACAAACCAAACCACGCGUGCAGGAGAUGCUCCGGUAUAUCCGGACCGCUUUCGAAGGACUCGUACGCGACACAACCUGGAUGGAUUGGCCCACCAAAGAGUCAACGCUGCGAAAGUCCGAAGCGAUGCGAAGCUUGAUAGGGUUUCCCGAGUGGAUCCUGAAUCAUCGGGAGCUGGAGCAGCAUUACAAUGGGCUGAAGGUGAACGCGAGCACCCACUUGGAAAAUAUGAUGGAGGAAAUACAGCGUAAAAACAUCAUCAAACUUCGCCGCUGGCGCCAAAAGCACGAACUCAGCUGGGAGACUUUGCCCACCAACGUGAACGCGUUUCACACAUUCCAAGAAAAUGCUAUAACCAUACCGAUUGCAAUCCUGCAAUAUCCGUUCUACCAUCUGGGGUUGGAAGCAUUAAACUAUGGUGCCUUGGGAACAAUCCUUGGCCAUGAGCUUACACACGGCUUCGAUGAUAGUGGCCGUCAGUUCGAUAAAAACGGCAAUCUCAAACAAUGGUGGACGAACAAAACCGUGCAGGAGUAUGUUAAUCGUACCGUGUGCUUUGUUAAACAGUACAGCCAAUACUACAUACCCGAGGCGGACGAUUAUAUCGACGGCUUGCUGACGCUCGGUGAGAACAUUGCCGAUAACGGUGGCGUUCGGGAAGCAUUCCGAGCGUAUCAGCUUUACGCGAAGAAAGCCGGUAAGGAACCGUUGCUGCCCGGCUUCGAGGAAUACACGCACGAGCAGCUGUUCUUCAUAGCGUACGGCAAUAUAUGGUGCGAGUCAAACACGCAAGCAGCUGCGAAAGCGUAUCUAGACGAUUCGCACUGUCCGGGAAAGUUUCGGCUGAAGGGGGUGCUUACCAAUUCGCCUGAAUUUAGCCAAACGUUUGGCUGCAAGUCGGGCACGGUGAUGAACCCGACCAAGGAUAAAUGUCGCAUAUGGUAA